AUGCAGGCCAUUCCCAGAUCCGCCGCUCGCUCGGCCCUCCGCCAGGUCUCGAGCCGCUCUUACAGCUCCUCGUCCUCCCCCUACUCCAAGACUGUCGAGAACCUGCGCAUCAACAGCGAGACCAAGGUCCUCUUCCAGGGCUUCACCGGCAAGCAGGGAACCUUCCACGCCCAGCAGGCCAUCGAAUACGGCACCAAGGUCGUCGGUGGUACCAACCCCAAGAAGGCCGGCCAGACUCAUCUCGAUCUCCCCGUCUUCAAGAACGUCUCCGAGGGUGUCAAGCAAACCGGCGCCACUGCCACCGCCCUCUUCGUCCCCCCCCCUCUGGCCGCUGCCGGUAUCGAGGAGGCCCUCGAGGCCGAGAUUCCGCUGGCCGUCUGCAUUACUGAGGGCAUUCCCCAGCAUGACAUGGUUCGCAUCACCGACAUGCUCAAGACGCAGAGCAAGACGCGCCUCGUCGGCCCCAACUGCCCCGGCAUCAUCGCUCCCGGCCAGUGCAAGAUCGGCAUCAUGCCCGGUUUCAUCCACAAGCGCGGCCGCAUCGGCAUCGUCUCGCGCUCCGGCACGCUGACGUACGAGGCCGUCAACCAGACCACCCAGGCCGGCCUUGGCCAGUCCCUCGUCGUCGGCAUCGGCGGUGACCCCUUCUCUGGCACCAACUUCAUCGACUGUCUCGACGUAUUCAUCCGCGACGAGAACACGGACGGCAUCAUCAUGAUUGGCGAGAUUGGUGGCGCCGCUGAGGAGGACGCCGCCGCGUUCCUCCAGGCCAACAACACCGUCAACGGCGGCAAGCCCGUCGUCUCCUUCAUCGCCGGCAUCUCUGCCCCUCCCGGCCGCCGCAUGGGUCACGCCGGUGCCAUCGUCUCCGGCGGCAAGGGCGGUGCCGACUCCAAGAUUGCCGCCCUCGAGGCUGCUGGUGUCAUUGUCGAGCGCUCCCCCGCCGGUCUCGGCAAGGCUCUCUACGACGAGUUUGUGCGCCGCGAUCUCCUGUAA